AUGGCGAACAGGGGCUAUGAUGUCGUAGUUGAUGUAGAUGCAGAGGGCGACCUCGGCCAUACCGACCUGCAAGAGGACCUUGAAUUCCAUUCGUCCAACUUCGAAAGUGACCAACGCACCGCCAAAGCCCAAGCCGACUCAUCCCCGUUCCUGGGUGGUUCCUCCUCCCGUGGCCGCGACCGAUCCCCUGGCGGGACACCUACCAAACACAGCUGGUGGUCAAUUCACUACUACGAGCGAUUCUUCGAUGUCGACACGAAUGAGGUCUUCCGCCGCUGCAUGGCGACGCUGUACCCGCGUUCAAACUUCCUGGACGUCCUCGAGGGAAACGCGGACCUCUACGGCCCCAUCUGGAUCGCGACGACGGUCGUCGUGAUCCUGUUUCUCACCGGUACCAUCUCGCAAUGGCUGUCUAAUAACGACGACAAACACUUUGAGUACGACUUUAGAUUGCUGUCAGGUGCUGCAGGUCUAAUCUACGGGUAUACUGGUGUCUUGCCCAUUGCCCUUUGGGGAGCUCUGCGCUGGUUCGGGAGCUCGACAGCUGAUCUGAUUGAGUGCUGGGCUUUGUAUGGUUAUUCGAAUCUGGUAUGGAUUGGCGUUGCGCUGGUUAGUUGGAGUCCACUUACGGCGCUGAACUGGGCGCUUGUGGGUGUUGGCUUUGCGUGGACGGCUUUCUUCUUGCUGCGCAACCUCUACCCGGUGCUGAAUGCUACUGAUGCCAAGGCGAGCAAGAUCCUACUUAUCUUGGUUGUCUUGUUGCAUGCCGGUUUGGCUAUUGCGAUUAAGAUUCUCUUCUUUGCCCAUGCGAGCCCCGUUUCUAAGAAGAACAAGGACACGGGCAGUGACGAUAAUAACGACAAUACGCGCCGCAUGAUGUUCUAA